UUCUUUUUAAUCAUUUCCCUACAGUUUCCUGAACCCUAAACUUCCUUCUCUCCUCACCACCGCCGCCCCGACCGCCGCGCAGCAGAUCCAUCAAAGCUACGCCGCCGAAGCUUAUUGCCCUACCUCUGCACCCGCCUUGGUCGAGCUCCGCCACUACGCCGCUACAGACGGGUCGGCCGCCCCCUCCGUUAUAGCCGAGCUUCACCGUCUCAUACCACGUCUUCCUCUCCUCUCCCGAAAAGCACGACGAACGUAUCGCGAACAGAACGUAUCGGCGUCGUCCUUACCUCCCUCCUGCACCGACUUAUUUGCUCGAGGCAAUUUAGUACCCCGGUGGCAUAUCAUGGAUGUGGAUCCGAACCCCAAUUCGAGCAUACAGAUGCUCAUAGAUUCGAAAGAACCAGUUGCUGAUAAGGGAAAGGCGAAGGAUGAUCUCUCAGACUCGAUCAAGGGCUUGCAGAUAUCUGAUUCAUCAAGUAUUACGUUCAAAAGGAAACCUGUUAUCAUCAUCCUUGUUGGAAUGGCAGGGAGCGGUAAGACUACAUUUCUCCACAGAUUGGUCUGCCACACUCAGGCUUCGAACAUUCGAGGCUAUGUGUUGAACCUUGACCCGGCUGUGAUGACCCUUCCUUUUGGUGCAAAUAUUGACAUUAGGGACACUGUUCGCUACAAGGAAGUAAUGAAGGAGUACAAUCUUGGCCCUAAUGGUGGAAUUAUGACAUCACUGAAUCUCUUUGCAACAAAGUUCGAUGAGGUAAUAUCAGUCAUAGAAAGACGGGCUGAUCAGCUUGACUAUGUUUUGGUGGAUACACCUGGCCAGAUUGAAAUUUUUACUUGGUCAGCUUCUGGAGCAAUAAUUACUGAAGCCUUUGCUUCGACAUUUCCCACGAUAAUUGCUUAUGUUAUGGAUACACCUCGCUCUUCAAAUCCAGUUACUUUUAUGAGCAAUAUGCUAUAUGCUUGUAGCAUACUCUACAAAACGAGGCUGCCUUUAGUACUGACUUUUAACAAGAUUGAUGUGGCUAAACAUGGAUUUGCGUUGGAGUGGAUGCAGGAUUUUGAAGCAUUUCAGGCAGCAUUGGACACUGAUUCAUCCUACACAUCAACUUUAGCAAGAAGUCUUGCUCUGGCGCUCGAAGAGUUUUACAAAAAUAUGCACUCCGUGGGAGUUUCAGCAGUUUCUGGUGAUGGAAUGGAAGCCUUUUUCACUGCAAUUGAAUCAAGUGUUAAAGAAUACAUGGAGAACUACAAAGCUGACCUCGACAAGAGAAGGGCCGAGAAACAGCGUCUAGAAACUGACCGCACGAAGGAAAACAUGGAGAGACUACGCAAAGACAUGGAGAAAUCUAAAGGGCAAACAGUCGUACUUAACACUGGUCUAAAAGACAAAGGAUCUCUUAAGAUGGAGGAAGAGGAGGAGGAAGAGGAAGAGGAAGAGGAAGAGGAGUUGGAGGAUAUUAGAUUCUCUGAGGAAGAGACAGAGGAAGAUGAUGGUGAAGAUGAAGAGGUUGCGCACUUUGGUUUUUGAUACUUCCAGUACAGUUUGUGUCUUACUGAAUGUUGUCGAACUGGUAGUAGGUCUUUAUUCAACUGCUGCACUUGUUCGUAAAGUGUUCAUCUUGUAGUUUAUUUUUCUUAGUCUUUUAGGUGCAUACGAGACUUGCUGAAUGCUUUCCAAAAUGAAUAUAAUGUUUUUUUGUAUA